UACACACUUGAAGAGCUGCACGCGGCUAUGGACCAUUUCUGGCCGAACAACGUGUGUGGCGAGGGCAGCUACGGCGUGGUGUACAAGGGAUGGCUGGACGGGCAGGCCGUGGCGAUUAAGCAACUGAAGAACCCUGACGCUAAAGCAGCUCUUGAUGAGAUGAGAGAGAGGGUGGAGGUGCAGAAGCGGAUUGAUCAUCCCAAUGCUGUCAGAUUGCUGGGCUAUUGCACGGAGGACCGCGCACUGGUCUACGAGUUCCUCUCCAAUGGCUCUCUGGAGGAUCGCAUGCUCUGCGUCGGCGGCACCACCGCCUCUCAUGUGGCCCGAGCGCUGCCGCAUCGCCAUGGAGUGUGGGGAGGACUGCACCUCCUGGUCUACGAGUUCCUCUCCAACAGCUCUCUGGAGGAUCGCAUGCUCUGCGUCGGCGGCACUCCCCCUCUCAUGUGGCGGGCGAGCGCGCCGCAUCGCCCAUGGAGUGCGGUUCUGCGUGGUUGGGGAAUGGAGGACCGUGCCUUCGUCUACGAGUUUCUCUCCAUGAGGAUCGCAUGCUCUGCGUCCGGGGCACCCCACCCCUCAUGUGGUCCGAGCGCUGCCGCAUCGCCAUGGAGGGUAGCAGCAGGUUUGCAGCACCUGCACACGCGCAAGCCCCCAUCGUUCAUCGGGACGUCAAACCCGCCAACGCUGCUCCUAGACGACAACUUCAGCGCCAAGCUCGUCGUUCACUUCCCAUGUGGCAGCAGGCCUACAGCACCUCCAUACCCGCAAGCCCCCCAUCGUGCAUCGAGACGUGAAACCCGCCAACAUGCUCCUAGACGACAACUUCACUGCCAAGCUCGGCGAUGUGGGUCUAGCUCGCCUCAUGGGGGACCUCGCUCCCGGCCACCCCCCGUGAUGACAUUUGAGGUGCUUCAGAUGGGACCUUGCUCCUUGCUCAUGCCCCUUAUCCCUCUUUUGCCUCCUCCCAACCAGGUAGCAGCGGCUCCUCUCUCAUUUCCCUUCCCCCCACCCUGGUCCCUCUCCCCUCCCCGACACCACCAGGUAGCAGCAGGCCUGCAGCACCUGCACACGCGCAAGCCCCCAUCGUUCCCGGGACGUAAAACCGCCAACGUGCUUCUAGACGACAACUUCACUGCCAAGCUCGGCGACGUGGGGCUAGCUCGCCUCAUGGGGGACCUCGCUCCCGGCCACUCCCACGUGGUGCGGAAAUCCGUUAUCGUCGGCACCGAACAUUACGUAGACCCUGAGUAUCUCUGCGCGAGACGAGGUUAUCUCGGGCCGAAAUCAGAUGUGUAUUCGUUCGGGAUCGUGCUGCUUGCAGCUGCUGGUUGGGGAUGUCCGAACCCACGGAGGAUCGAUGCUGCGCGGUGGAAAGGGAGGAGCUGGCUGGAGGUUCUGCUCGAUCCGAGGGCUGGCGAGUGGCCGCCGAACCUCGCGAUGGAUCUGGCGAAUCUUGGCCUUUGGUGCGCGGAAAUGGACCGCCGAGAUCGCCGGAUCUGA